UAUUUAGUUUGAUUAGAUAUUUGAUAGAUAUAUGGUUCCUGUAAAUUUGUGAUUUGAAUAAUAAAGUGAAAUGGAUUUAAGGAUAUUCAGAACAUUACUACUGGCAACUCUCAGCUAUUUUCAUUUUUCAUCAGUAAAUUCUCUCAACUGCAUUCAAUGUUCGCAAUCACAUUUUCACGGAGAACCAGGAUUAGAUGAUUGUUAUAAACUUGAUGACAAAGAAAUAAUAAACGAAACGAGUUGUCUUGUAACAGAUGCAGAUUCAUACUGCUUCACAAAAAUGGAACUUACAGAUGGGAUUCUCUCGUAUUUAGAAAGAGGGUGUACAAAUCCGAGAGAAGAUCCAGUUGAGGCAUCGAAUAGUUAUCCAGAUUCUGUAAAAUGUACCACGAGUUAUUCGAGAUCCAAACGAUCUAAGAACAUUCAGCAAACGGAAUGUUACGUGCCGUGCAAAGGACACAUGUGCAAUGAUAUCAAAGUACUUGACAACUUGAAAUCUUGUCCACGUGCCUGUCCUACAAAUUCAGAGUGUAACUAUCUGACUGGUAAAUGUCAAUGUGCUGCAGACGUUGAGGGUUCAGAUUGUAACACAAAAGCCACUCAGCUUGUCCACGGAGGUCGCGUUUGUGUACAGUGCAAUUCUGAAUACGAUUCGAAUUGCGCUAAUAAAACUACAGGGGACAGAUGUCAAAAUGGAGAAACACAUUGCUCAACAACACAGACCUGGAUUCUUAAACCAGAUGGCUCAGUGGUAAACGAUCCGGUCGUAACAAGAAGUUGUACAGGACAAUCCAUGUCACCUGAUCGAUGUUAUUUGACUCCAACAAAUGAUAUUGGAACAGCUAAAUAUACGGAAUAUACAUGCGUGUCAACUUGUUCAACAAAUCGAUGCAACAUUGGAAUGGCUAAUGGAGAUUUGGAUAAAGAAUUUAUUCCAAUGCGAUGCGUAGUGUGCGAGGGUGACGAGUUUAGUUGCGGACCCGAACGAAAAUUAAUGACGGAUUGUCCGAAAAAUACAACGCAUUGUUUGGCGACAGUCACUUAUUGGGAAACCAACGUGAAGGACUCGAAAUUUGAAGGACGAGUAAAACCCGAUCCAUCUGUUUCCGUAAGGUCAAUAAAACGAGAAUGUUCAGUCGAACCAGUGGCGACAAAAUGUACUGCAAAAAGAAUCGGAAGUCUGAAUUUAAAAGAAAUUACAUGUCAGGAAUCGUGUGUAGGAGAUGGCUGCAACACUGGGUGGCCUUCAAGACCCAAGUGUAUUCAGUGUAACAAGAAGGCAGAUGCAUCCAAUGAAGAUGAAUGUUUACUUUACCCCUCAACGGCAAAGUAUUGCCCCGGACCGCAUCAGAAAUUCUGCUACACAUAUCUACAAAAUUGGACACUUCCAGAAAUAGAUAUCGGAAUAUCAGAUCAAAGAUACUCAAUAACACGAGGGUGUUCUACUUAUGAGGAAUCCUUUAUCAGAGAUGAAUAUUGUAAGAAUAUCACUGAAUAUGGGAGAAACGUUGGCAUGGAGUGCGUCAAAUAUUGUUCCAAGCACGGCUGCAAUUAUGGUCUAGGAGAGUUUAAAUAUGCACAAGGGAAUAAAAACAGUGCUACGGCAAGAAUAUCUUCCAAGUCUACUUCUUUCAUGCUGGCGCUCUUCUUCUUUUUACAAACACACUGGUAAAAACGUCACCUUAGCAACUGUAACGUGGCAAAGAAAACAACAUGGCGGCCGCGAUAUUUUUGCAGUGUCUUUACAAAUCUUCGUUGAAUUGUGUUAAACACGUCCAAUUUAUAUUGUUCGUUCACCACUGUUAUUUUAACUUGUUUCAGACACUUAAAAUGUAUGUGUGAAGGCAUAUCUGACAGCUGCCAGUACUGAAUACAUCAGAUACUAAUGAUGCUGUAUUUAAUCUCAAACUAUAAUCAUAUAUACUUUACGAAGGGCAAUCAUGGGCCACAACAUACAAUCCCAAAUGUAAUAUUUCUAAAUAAAGUUUUCUCCUUGAUGUCUCACUACAUAUUAUUAUUAUCUUAUAUCAUUUAUUGUUAGUUUAUUCUACUAUUGUUCUAUCAAUCAUUUUGAUACACUAAUGAGUAUAUAAGCAAUUUAAACUUAAAACUGUUGAUAUUUUAUUCAAUUCGAAAUCAGAUAAUGUUUUUUUUUAAUUUAUUUAUUUUUUGAUUAUUUUGUCUCAAUAAAUUGAGUGAUUAAUUUACUUGCAAACCAUUUUUUUAA